AUGAGUAAUGAGCACAUCUUGUCCGACCCGGAAGUGUCGCCUGUGGAAUCUCGGAAGAACGCCCUCCACAAGGCCCCUGACCAUCGAAUCAGCGCAGCUACGCUGCCUACAUCCACUUGGACAGCUUCUUUGGCUCCGAAAAAGCCGUCCGUCGAAGCACUUAUCGGUCUUUUCGAGACAAAAGACCGCCUCAGCAGGGCGCCUACAAUUCCAUUCGAACACGCUUUCACGAGCCCCUCGCCGUUCCUGCGUGAGCGAUAUUUAACUGCCCUCAAGUCGCAAAAGCUGCCUUCUUCCGAUUGCCGCCCUGAAAAAGCCGCCCCUAGACGGGGAUUGCGAGAAGAAGAAAUCCAGUUCAUUGAGCAAGCGCUUAGGAGAAAGCUCUCUGAUAGCCCUUUAACUACAAUUGCCUCUCAGAGAUCCUCCAGUAGCUGUCCAGCUGAAGAUCGGCCGCGAAUCAAAGUAAAAGCAUCUGCCCAGUCCAUAUCGAUCAUCAUCCCAGAAGGUGUCAAGCUUCCAAUUGUCGCCACUAUCGAAUCCGCAGGGUCGUUUGAGCUUGAGACCCAAAUGCCAACUUCGAGCGUUAAAGAAAGAAGCGAGGCAAGCGGUACCACCGGCGGUGGUCCAGGUACACGAGGAAUGAGCCGCCGGCGGAACACGUUUUCAGAACGGGCGACCGCUGGUGCAGCCCGAGACAGUGAGAGUCAGGAGAUAAUAGCAGGGUUGGGACUACCCUUUCUUGCAAGAGUCACUAAGGGCCGACUGAACGUUUCCGAGGCAUCGAUCCCUGCGGCCCAAAGUACCGAUAUAUCGGCACCAGGACGAGUCUUCAUUCCGGCUCACCAACCUCCUGGCGGACAGCCUUCUUACCCACUUCACGACCAUUCCAAAGAGGGGGCAGAAAGGGAAAGAGGCGUUACUGGGGCCCCUGAGUCUCUUGGAGAGCUUCAAAAAGAGCCGGACGCUCAGGCCAAAACCCGUCCGGCCCUCGAUCCCCAAGAUCCUCAAAACACUGCCCCUCCGGAAAUCGAAACACAGUCUGAAGCUGAAGGAUCAGUCCCGAGUGCUGCAGAACCCAGUUCAGACCCGUUGACGAAACCAGAGGACAUACCUGGGCUGGGUGUGGACGCUUCCUCUAAAGCCGAAUAUACUGAGCCUUUCUCUAUCCCUGAAAUUAGAAUACACAGACCCAGCGGCACGGUCAUGGCUGCUUCACUCGGAACAACGGCUACGGGCGGUGCAAGCGAGUCACCCACUCCUGUCCAGUCAGCGACGGAACAAAGUGCGACCACUACACCACUCAAUGCUGCGUCAAACCCUGUAGGGGCAGCACCAGCGCCUACCAGUUUCCUUGUAAAGCCUGUAACAGUCACAAAUACAGUGCCCGUCAAUGCAGUGACUUCAGCUCAGCCACUUGCCGUAUCUGGCUUGCCAUUGAGAGCCAAGUUGGGUAAAAGAAAGAGAGUCAUCCGGAAAGUCCGCCGGGUAGUUGUCAGGAAGCACCUCCUCGCUAUCAUCCUAGGCCGAGACUUGGCCAAUGCGGUCCACCCUCGGCUCAACACGGCCGGGAAAACCGUGCCUGACGUUCCAUUGCCAUUAGAUGGACCGAGUGACCUGUCCUACAGGUAUGCGAGACGGAAGGAGUAUAAAAGAGAUAUCCAACAAAGACAGAUGGAUCAGGAGAUUGCGAGCGCCAGGCUCCAUGUGGAAGCGGAGGAAAUCCAUCGGUGCUCGAGGUGUCGGGGACUGAAGAGGACAAAAUAUUUGCGGAAAUAUCACCGCUUGCAGCUCCAGAGGGACAGCCCUACCAUGAACGUGAUCCAAAGACAUGCAAUUAGCAGGGCUCGAGUCGCACGAUUCAAGUGCAAGUGUAAUGGCCGGUUACGCGGAGCCAAAGACGGUAAGGAGGCGAGAGACCCUGCUGUACCUGCGGCACCACGGCAUCUACAAGCUCCUGCCCAUGAGGCUCCUUUACUAGGGCCCAUGGGGAACACUCUGCGCUGA